UCAAGAACUGAAAAGUACGAACCACCAGGUUUUCCACGCCCGAUGCCUCCAAUGGGUCUUUCUCCUGCUUUCGGCCGCUGACAAACCCGCGUUUUGACCGCGAAGAGGUAGUUGAGGGAGAGCGUCGCUCCGUUGCUAAGGGAGGCUUCCUUGCAAGUUGGCUGUGCUUUCUGCUGUUGGCAAUGUGCGCGGCUCCUAAAGAAGCGGUGACAUCAAAAGAUUGCCCAGCCGAGAAGUACCGCAAAAAACGAUGGGUUAAAGCUUUUGAGGCAUGUGAUGAAAACAACAAAGGAUACUUAAACCGAGAAGACUAUAAAGUUGCUAUAGUGAUGCUAUUUGGCUAUAAGCCCUCAAAGGUGGAAGUGGAUUCAGUUAUGGCCUCUGUGAAACAAAAUCCAUUUGGUUUAUCACUUGAAGAAUUUUUAAAUCUUAUGACUACAAAGAAGGUUUUACACUUGUACCAUAGUGAAAUAAGACGGUUAUUCAUGCCUUUUGACAGACAAUGUAAAGGAUUUUUAUCUUUUGAAGAUUUCAAAAAAGCUUUCAGUAUUGUUGCACCAAAGUUACCAGAAAGGAUCAUUGUUGAAGCAUUCAGGGAGGUUGAUCAGGAUUCUGAUGGCCGUAUUAGCUUCAAUGAAUUUGAAUCAGCGAUGAAGUAUGGAGAAGAAAAUUUGUCUCACCUUACCUGAAGUGCAAUUUGUUAUAAAUUUGCAAAAGAACUGCCGUUUCCAAAAGCUGCAAAACGUUUUUUCUUCACGUUAGCAAAUCUACACAGAAUCUGAGGAAACAAAGAAAUCUUGUCCUUUCAAACUUCCAUGACAUGUAUUGAUGUUCUUUAAUUACUUUUUAAAUUUUGGUUUCUCUUCCUCAAUAUUUAUGCAAAAUUAAUUAAUAUAGCUGAUGAACUGUAUGAACAUGGAAAAGGAAAAAAAAACAGUGAAAGACUACUUAAUUAAAUGAAAAACCCACUUUGUUUGAACACUUCAUUCCCAAAGUUCAGUUAUUUCUUUAUAGACUGACCACAAUUUGGACAAACUAAAUCCAAUUUUCCUAUUCUGAGAUCAGUUAAUCUGGAAGUGGGAUUGGUUCUGGGUGUUUUGUAAAAAGGAAACAAUGGGAUUCAGAACAGAGUUCUUGCCUGCAAAAUCUGGACAACCAGUAAGAUAAUAGCAAAGAGAUAAGAAAGCUCUUAGCUACUUGCUAUCUACUGGUCAUCCAGAUUUUGCAGUCCAGAUCUGCUAAUCUUAGCUGUAGCCCUGUGAUGGCAAACCUAUGGCACAUGUGCCAGAGGUGACAUGCAGAGUUUUCUCUGUGGGUAUGUGUGCUGCUCUUCUGGGUUCUGUUGCACGCAUGCGUGCUGGAUAGCUGGUCCGGUGCGCAUGCAUGCCAGACCAGCUGCUGUCUUAAGGGUUCCGCUGUUCUGGCAUGUGCGAUCCAGUUUCGGCACUCGGUACUGAAAAGGUUAGGCAUCACUGCUAUAACCUCUCAGAAGCAACUGUUUGAUUUGGCCAUUGCUAUUUUAAUUGAAAGAAAUGUGAAGAGAAACUGCUUGGCAAUCAACGGGUGGAUGGGUUGGUUGGUUGGUUUUUAUAUUCCACAAGACAACCCUUUUGAUCAUAAUACAAUAAUUACCUUUUCUGUGUCUGGGGAGUUGACUUGAAUUGCUAAAAGAACUACAACAAGUGAAAAAAAGAACCUAGCUCAACCAUGCCUAUAGGUCUAAUGCACUAUGGGCUGAAUCAACAUUGCAUAACAGUAUGAAAAGAAUACCCUGUCCAUGAAUAACCCUGCAGUUAGAAGGCCACCUAAUGCAAAUAUUUGUAUUUUUAAGCAUACUCUGAAUUUUCCAUAAACAAAAGGACACAACACACAAAGUGUGUUGAAUAAACAACAGCCCUGAAGGCAAUACCUCCAAGAAUCAAUGAAUGCAAAACAGCCACCAGCAAGAAAUACCUUGGAUAUGAUAAUAGUGACUGCUUGCUGAAUGUAGCUGUGCAUGUACCCUAUGUGCAUGCUCUUGGCAGUUACUGUUUGAGGACACUUGCUGUGUUUAAAUCUCAACAUUAGAAAUCAAGGGUAUGCAUACUGAGUAUUGUGCACUUUGAACAACCUGAAACUACUGCCAGAACUUUUUUGUAUUUGCAUCAUUUGUGUUAAUAUAGGUAGAAUAUAGGUACAGUAGAACUGCAUUAGCAGAAACAUCUUUAAUGUUCCUUUCAGCACUUGCUUUUCUUUUGAAGGUCACAUAUUAAUCUUCCCACCCAAAUUCAGUCUCUGCACGUGAAUUCACACAAACCCCCUCCAGCAGUAGCUUAUUUCUCAAGCAAGCAGGCAACUGGGCAAUGGAAGGCUGGUUCCCUCUUCCUGGCUAUAUGGACUGCUGUUGGAUAGAUGACUUCAUGCUGCAUGUCCGUAUGUCAUAUGAGUGCAUGUAACUUCAGAGCCUGCACACCCUGUUUGACUUACCUCUAGAUCUCAGUGUUAUGCUUUGUUGGUGUCCGGGAAACAGGUAAUUUGGAAAUAGUACAAGUUCAGAGCAACUGCAUAUUCUUAUUUAUUUUUCACAUUUCUGUACUUCUCAUCUCCCAAUGGUCUUUUGACCAUAUUCUUUUCUUAUAUUAAAAAAAGCGGAUAACUAUACCCCUUGCACUAAGGGUUGCUACGAUAAACCUCUUAGAAUCUUGGUUUGGACUCUCAAGUUUGAUGUUAUGAAUAUCAGCAUUGCCCAUAUGUGAAGGUAUAAUAAAGCAGAACUUGUG